UGCAAAGCGAAAUGUAACAACCGGGCAUACAUAGCCACUUGGACUGCCGAUAUACUACGGCGGGCGCAGCUGGUGGGAACUAGCGUGUUUGAGACCUCGACCUUGUCCCAUGCAUCGUGGCCCCCUUUUCUGAUGCAUCAUGAUAAGAGGCAUCGUGCCCUUGAGGCGAAAUUCGGAAGGCUCUUCACCCUGUCUUGCCAGGAAGUCAGCCAUUUGAACACGGGCUUAUCGGCUUCGCCGGAAGACUAUCGUAGGACCACGUCUCGUACACCACACCUUCCUAGUACACCAUGCUGUACUGAUCGUUGAUUGAUGGGACCGUCGUUGCCAUGACUGGAGUUCCCAUAGCGUCAAUUAUCACUACGACAAUGCCACCGAUUCCAGAUGCACAAGAUACACAUGCUCAUGAGGAUAGGUUGGUCUCUGGAUAACACUGAGGGUGGUUUCAGUGUUGAGUCCAAAGCUACUUGGCUUGGAGUCAGGUCGAGCUAGUGCGCCGCCAAAGGCACUAUGCCAAAGAGCGACAA